CAUAAACAAGCUGACUGUCAGAGUUAGCUGCCAGCCCUGUGAGCGUCUGGGCUGAGUCUCCUUUUGAGGGAGUCGGACGUUACUGACAGGGAAAGUGAGCAAAGGAGAAGAGGGAGAAAGUAGGGGGAACAGGAAAAGAGACGGGACAGAAAGACAGGAAAAUCCAUCAAAAAAAAAAGGACAGGAAAGAACUGACAGGAGAAGGGAGAAGACGAGAGGAACAGACAGACUGAACUGAGCUUCAGUCUCUCUUCCUCUCCUUUGACAAAGCAGUUAAAGUCAUGGCUGCGAACAACACAAAUUUCCUUCUGGAAAUGCUUCAGCCUGCCGACGUUGACCACCUGAUUAUAGCUUUCUGUGCUUCUGUGGCAGUGGGCCUUCUCUUGGGCGCCCUAGUUUAUGUGAUGCUUACUUGGUUUUCCCGACACAAAGCAGGCUCUGCCAGCAUCACCCGCCGCCCGCAUCGCCACUCGCACACUUCUUCCCGCCAUCGUCCAGGCUUUAACCGCAGCAGCAGCUAUGACCGGCGAAGCAACAACAGCUUAGUGACAGCUGCUUUCACCUUUCACCGCCAGACUUCCUCUCCAGAUCACCUUGACGCAAUGGCGCAUAAAUCCAGCUUCAGGGGCUCCACCUUCCACCCGCUCAUCCAGUGCAGCCAAAUUGCAAGAGAGGCAGAGGAGGGGAGCCAAACCACACUGCCACGUACACCACCUCUGACUACAUCAACUGGAUCAGCUCAAAGCGUAGCCCAGCCAGCUGCCACCCCACCAAGACCAGAGUCAUUUUGGGGGAACAGUGUGAGAGGUCUUCAUGCUACGCAGACCCCACCUCCAGCUUAUGAGAGCAUAAUCAGAGCUUAUCAGGAAACCCGAACCUGAGAGGAGUGAAAGCACCACUGGCUGAUACUAAUUGGGAGAUGAACGGAUUUCCAAACUGGACUAAAUCUAUAAUGAUUUUUAUGAUCAGGUGGAGCUGGAGUGGAGAAAACAAAGAGGCCAAGCUCAGCUAAGUGCCCUGCUUAACACAAUAACUUCCUGAAAUUACAUAAUUUUUAGGUCAUCUGCUAUAUAUUUAUAAACAUAUUUGCCUUUCAUCAUUAGAUACUUUUAUAAAAAAAAAUUGUAAAAAGUCAUUUGAAUGGUGUUGCAUCCUGUCAAUGGUGAUUAUUUAUAAUGUAAGGCAAGACAUAUGCUUUCUCCGUGCAGGUCGUAUAAUAACUAUGCAAGAAAAGAUGUAAUGAUUGUACACGUGAAGCUUAAAAGAUAAAUAAAAAGUGUGUGUAAGCCUGUAGUUAAUAAAGUGCAUUAGACUAUUUGAUGUUUUAUCAAAUUCAUGUUGAAAACUUGGUCACAUAUUCAAGAUGAUUUUGUUUAUGUGUUUGCAUGAACAGCACUUGCGAAUGUGACAUGUGAGAAUAUGUGGGCAUUAGGUAUAAGAAUUUUUGUUCUGUAUGUUUUGAAUGUAUUUUAGUGGACUCUGCUCUUAAGUUAAUGCAAUAAAGCAAGACUCAAAAAGG